AUGUACUUCCCCCUCAAGCAUCCAACCGUUAUUUCCCGCCUCUUUCCCUCUCACUCUUUCCACACCCACAAUUUCAAGACCCCAAUUCACCAAACCCUUCACCACCUCCUAGAGCAAUGCUCCUCCAUGACCCACCUCAAACAGCUCCACGCCCAAAUCAUCCUCCACCGCCUCACCUCCGAAAACCUCACCGUCGGAAAGCUCAUCUCCUUCUGCUCCGUCUCCGCCGCCGGAGACCUCCGUUACGCUCAGCUCGUGUUCGACCAAGUCCACGAACCCAACAAAUAUAUGUACAAUAGUCUCAUUAGAGGUUACUCAAAUAGCAAUGACACAUUCAAAGCUAUGUCAUUGUAUUACCAUAUGAUAAAUUCCGGGCUUUCGCCUAACGAGUUUACGCUGCCCUUUGUUCUUAAGGUUUGCGCAGCGAAAACGGCGUAUUGGGAAGGCGUGGCGGUUCAAUGCCAGGCUGUUAAGCUCGGAAUUGGGUGUCAAGUUUGUGUGCAAAAUGGGCUGAUCAAUGUGUAUAGUGUUUGUGGGUUGGUGCAUUGUGCUCGGAAUGUGUUUGAUGAAAUGUCUGAGAGGAGUUUGGUGUCGUGGAAUUCGAUGAUCGGUGGGUAUUCCGGAGUUGGUUGUUGGAAGGAAGCUUUCGGGUUGUUUAGGGAGAUGAGAGGUUUCGGCGUUGAGCCUGAUAAGUAUACAUUGGUUAACUUGCUUUCGGUUUGUUCACAGAGUUGUGAUUUGGAUUUGGGGAGAUAUUUGCAUCAUUUUGUGGUGGUUAGUGGGAUGGUGGUAGAUCAUAUUUUGAGAAAUGCUUUGCUUGAUAUGUAUGGGAAGUGUGGGCAUUUGGCUUCAGCUGAGAUGGUUUUCAAUCAAAUGGGUUGCAAAAAUGUGGUUUCUUGGACGUCGAUGGUUAGGGCGUAUGCUAAACAUGGGUGCAUUGAUGUUGCGGGGAAGUUUUUCGAUCAGAUGCCGCUGAAAAAUGUUGUUUCUUGGAAUUCGCUGAUUUCUUGUUAUGUUCGAGAAGGCCAGUGCAGGGAAGCUCUGGAUCUCUUCCAGAAAAUGCUCGAUUCUGGCGUGGCGCCUGAUGAGGCUACCCUGGUUUUCAUUCUCUCAGCCUGUAGUCAAGUAGGUGAUUUGGUCAUUGGAAAGGAAGCCCAUGAUCACAUAAGCAAGAGCAAUAUAGCACUCACUGUAACUCUUUAUAACUCCCUUAUAGACAUGUAUGCAAAAUGUGGUGCUGUUCGAACUGCCAUGGAUAUCUUUACUCAGAUACCAGAAAAGAAUUUAGUAUCAUGGAACAUUAUUAUCAGCGCCCUUGCGUUGCACGGUUAUGGAUCAGAAGCAAUUAGGAUAUUCGAGCAGAUGCAAGAAGGUGGAAUCUGGCCGGAUGAGAUCACCUUCAUUGGAUUGCUUUCUGCUUGUAGUCACAGUGGUCUUCUUGACUUGGGGAGAUUUUUCUUUGAAAGAAUGAAGUCUGUUUACAGAAUUUCUCCUGAAAUUGAGCACUAUGCUUGCUUGGUUGAUCUGCUGGGAAGACGUGGGUGCUUAGAAGAAGCAAUUACGCUGAUGAGAGGAAUGCCAAUGAAGCCUGAUAUUGUUGUUUGGGGUGCUAUGCUUGGUGCUUGUCGCAUCCACGGCAAUGUAGAUUUAGCCAAGCUAAUUUUGAAACAGCUGUUGGAGUUGGAGCUACAUGGUUCUGGGCUUUACGUGCUUCUUGCAAACAUAUUUGGAGAAGCUCACAGAUGGGAAGAUGUCAAGAAUAUCAGGAAACUAAUAAAAGACGGUGGAGUCAUAAAGAAUAGAGCUGUGAGCUCCAUUGAAAUUGAUGGUUGUGUUUAUGAGUUUAUGGUUGAUGACAAUAGACAUGCACUUUCAAGCAGUAUAUACUCCAUACUCGAUCAAUUGACUGAUCAUUUGAAGUCUCUUAGGUACAAUCCUACUGCAUUGUUUGAUAUAGAGGAACUGUAG